AUGGCACCGAGUAUGGCCGCCGCUCCGCCGCGUGCGUUCCAGACGACGUUUCAGGUAACACUUCGCGGUGGGCCCGCUGCGACGACGUAUCAUGCACGCCGGGCUCACAAGAAGUCGCGGAAGGGGUGUUUGGUCUGUAAGCAGCGGCGUGUCAAGUGCGACGAACGCAAACCCACCUGCCAGCGCUGCGAAAACUACGGCGCCACAUGCAUCUACUAUCCAUCGCCUCCGCAAUCAAAACGCGGAAGCAGUAGUCCCGAGGCCGAAGCCGAGGCAGGACCCGGCCGGAUGCUGUUCACCCUCUCGGUAUCGGAGUUGGUCGGCAAGGUGCGGCAGGGGAUGAGCGGGGAACUGGCGUUUGCGCCGCGGGCGAUCGGGAGCCCCGAUGUGGUCAUGAGUAUUGCGGUCAAGUCGUUUCAGUUCUUCUUGCAGUGUUCGGUGAAUACGGUGGGCACGCCGUUGAUCCGCGAGGUUAUGCGGAGGGAGAUGCUUCACGUUGCGUUUGAGAACCCAUAUCUAAUGUACACCAUCCUCGGCUGCGGAAUCCUCCACAUGAACCGCGUCUCCCCCGGCGACGAGCCGCGCGAGCUCGCAGAGGCCUAUUUCUGGCAGCAGGCCUUUGGCCUGUACUCGCGCGCGCUCGAAGCCGGCGUCACCGAGAAGACCUUCUCACCACUCGUAUCAGGCUGCAUGCUCAUGGGAAUCACAUCGCUCGUCCCCCAGACAUUCGACAUCCGAGACUCGUGGGUGUUUACCGGUCGGCCGAGCGACCUCAACUGGCUCGCCGUGCAGGGCGGACUCAACUGCAUCCUGCAAAUGGCGGGGCGAUACGUCCCCAGCAGUAUCUGGGCCGUGCCGUUUAUGAAGAGUAACGAGGUCGAGACCAAGUUGUUUCGGUAUGAGGUUGAGCGGGGGCGCGAGGGGUUCCAUACGGGGUUGGCGGAUCUGUGUGAGAUUGACGAGGACUCGACGGCGGAGACGAGCCCGUAUUACUUUGCGUUGAAGAUUCUGAGUCCGCUGUUGGAACUCGAGCCCAACGCGCAGAAUGCGGCGCAUUGCGCGACGUGGCAGGGGCGGCUGGAGCCGGGGUUUGUCACGCUGUGUCGACGGCGCGAUCCGCGGGCGCUGGUUAUCCUCGCGUAUUGGAUGGGGCUGAUGUGUUCGUUGUCCGCGUGGCAGCCGUGGGUCGAGGGGAGGGUCCGGCUGGAGUGUAUCGCGGUCUGUAUGUACUUGGAAGGUCUGGGCGAUCCGAUAAUAGUUCCGUACCUGGAGUAUCCGGCGAAUGGGUGUGGAUAUAGUUUGGUCAAGGGCUUAUAG